AUGUUUUUAAAAUUCUUGAAAUCUGCGGGUCUCUUGCGUCCGUCUCUGUUGUCUUUGAAAGCGCAGACCGGCCGAGUUGUUUCCCGAUCUUCGCACGAUUACCUUCCGCCCACACAGUACGACAUUCCCAUACCGAAGAGGCUGAACAUCAUUUACGUGUUACGGGUCUAUUGGGAAACCAUUCCAUUAUUUUCAGUGACCGCUCUCAGUUUUACUCUUUGCCUAUUAUCUAUAGCGUAUGCGACGCAACACAAAAUCGACGUCGUGUAUAAGACGCGCAGUCGUGAUAACAUCUCGCGCACGAUGGACUUGCGCAAUCCCCAAACUCUCAAGAUCAUCAUCAUCAACCAACGCUACGAACCGUGGCCAGAGAUGCAGGACGUGCUCGACAAGAUGAACUCUGCUCAGAAGCGGGCAUUAGUCCGGGCGGAGUCCUGUUCGCACGCGUAA